UCUAUACACGCGCCGUGAAGCCUGUCCGAAUUUUGAAGACAAUGCCUACAUUUUUUUUUUUGCAAAUUUUUUUUUUCUGGCUUUGCAUUCACAUCUUGAGAAAUCGUUGCUACAAUUACACGGAAACCACCUGAACCGGAGAUUGGCGUCAGGCAGGUGUCGUCGACGCUGCAGAACCCACAAAAAAAAAACAGAGAGAGAAAAUUGGAAGGACCGAAGAGUUGGGGUCUCAAGGAUGGCAAUGGCAACCUGGACCAUCGGUCUCGGUCCUUACCAGAAGGCAAGGUCGUUUGAGGUUUCGUGCAGGAAGAGAGACAGAGAAAGAGAAAAGGAUCAGAAUCACCCAUACAAAGUUAUAGAGAUUACUCCUCCACCCAAGAGUCUGGGAGUUCGUUGCUUUCCCCCUCAGAAUUUGCAGUGCGGGGAGAGUGUAACAAUAGAAGGGAAUGCUUAUACCAUUUCAGCUGUGACACACCGGUAUCAGCUUCGAAAGGGAAAAUACGAGCCAAGUGAGAAGAGACUUGAUGUUUUGUCCACUGGGAGAUACAUAUUGAAUUUAUAUUUAGAAAACUUGUUGGAACAAUCAUGAUGAACACAUUUAAUUUAAGUACCUGUCUGAUAUCAAGAUAUAUCGUUCUGAUCCUGUGUUUUGUCUAGCGAAUUAAAAUCUUCAUGCUGCUUGGUGAAAUGAAAAAGCCUAGUUCUAUAUUGCUGUGUCCUGAACCUUGUUGGUUUUUAUCUAGUUCAUGGGACCGAAUUUGUCAGUUUUUUUUUUUUUAAACCAUUGCCUUGUAAUAUUGUACCCAUUUGACUUAAUCAACUUUGUAUCAUGGUAA